CUACUGGGCUUUGCCUGUUAUGUGGGUCAGUUUGGACCGGGAGGCUCCAUGACUGUCUCUCAAGGGGGUUUGUUCUAUAUAAAAGCCAUUCGUUACUCACUUGUCUCAUGUACACUUUGCAGCGAUGGUUGGGCGGACCGCUAUGAUGUCACUGACGGCUUCCAGAGGGAGGCAGCGGGGGGAAUCACUAUCAAGCUGCAGUCUGCUUAUGUCACGUGGUUUGAUGAUUACUACCUGAACCUGCAGCCGGACACGAACCUCCGGAACCCCUGGUUCCCUGAGUUUUGGCAGCACCGCUUCCAGUGCCGGCUGAAGGGACUUCCUCAAGAGAGCGCCAAAUACAACAAAACCUGCACCAAGAAAGAGUUGCUCCGACACCAGUACGCUCAGACAUUUGAGAUCCAUUUAUCUCUUAGAGCCCCUACUAAUUACAUUAACGUCUCAAAUUCAUGUCCCUCAGGCUGUGAGCCAAUCCCGGUGCAGUACCUUCUGUGGGGAGAUCCUGAGCCAAUCGCCGCCGUGGUCUUCGCCUGCCUUGGCCUGCUCGCCACCAUCUUCGUCACUUUAGUCUUCAUCAGGUUCCACGAUACACCAGUGGUGAAGUCCUCCAGCAGGGAGCUGUGCUUCAUCAUCCUGGCUGGCAUCUGUUUGGGGUACCUGUGUACGUUCUGCCUCAUCGCCAAACCACAUGUGGCCUACUGUUACUUGCAGAGGUUGGGAAUCGGGCUCUCGCCAGCCAUGAGCUACUCAGCCCUAGUCACCAAGACCAACCGCAUCGCUCGCAUCCUUGCAGGCAGCAAGAAGAAGAUCUGCACCAAGAAACCGCGUUUCAUGAGCGCCUGCGCCCAGCUGGUCAUCGCCUUCAUCCUGAUCCUGAUUCAGCUGGGCAUCAUCGUGGCGCUCUUCAUCAUGGAACCUCCGCAAGUGAUCUACGACUAUCCGUCCAUACGCGAGGUGCACCUCAUCUGCAACACCACCACGCUCGGAGUGGUGGCGCCGUUGGGCUACAAUGGGCUGCUCAUCCUCAGCUGCACCUUCUACGCCUUUAAGACCCGCAACGUCCCCGCCAAUUUCAACGAGGCCAAAUACAUCGCGUUCACCAUGUACACCACCUGUAUUAUCUGGCUGGCUUUCGUGCCAAUUUAUUUCGGGUCAAACUACAAGAUAAUCACCAUGUGUUUCUCCGUUAGCCUCAGCGCUACCACUGCGCUGUGCUGCAUGUUUGUGCCCAAAGUCUACAUCAUGUUGGCCAAACCUGAGAGGAACGUACGCAGUGCUUUCACCACGUCGACGGUUGUGAGGAUGCACGUGGGCGAUGGGAAAGCUGCCUCGGCCGCUAGCCGGUCUAGCAGCUUGGCUAACCUGUUCAGACGACGAGGCUCUGGCACAGACACUGUCAGCUCCAACGGCAAAACAGUGACCUGGGCACAGAACGAGAGAAGUUACAGGCCAAACCUGUGGAAGCGGAUCUCAAUCCACAUUAAGAAAAAAGAAGAGGCCAACCAGACGGCCAUUAUCAAGCCCUUCUCAAAGGGCUGUGAUCGGCCUCCAGACCCCGGGGUGAAGCUGGCAUACGAUGGGUCUCAGAAAAACCAGCGCUACCCUGUAACCUACUGCCCCCUGACCCCUUCCCCGCUGCCGACCGUUUGUCAGCGGCCUUCGAUGCAGAGGCGGGAAAUGGAAGAGCGAGAUGUAGAGCGUGCAGCAGUGGUGGCCAUACCCUCAUACCUGACGGAGCGCCUGCAGCAUGGCGCCCCGUCCCAGACGUGCAUCAUGGAUCAGAUCAGCUGUGUAGUCAGUCGAUUCACGGCCAACAUCAGUGAGCUCAACAGCAUGAUGCUGCCCGGUUCACCGCCGGGAACAGGCGUAAACGCCGCCACCGCCCCGGUCCCCAGACCCUGCUCCCCUACUUUCCAUCUCCACCCGCAAGAAAGGCCGCAUCCAACCACCGUCACCACCUACGCAGACGUGGUGGCCACAGCGAACACCAACCCUCGCUCCGCGGUCGGCAUCGCUGGGGGCAUCAUCGCCGGUGGGAGUAGCCGGGCUUCACCUGCCAGCCUUUUUGACAGCACCUACGACUCUUCGUGUGUGGUUAGGACCACUGAUUUUGAGGACCUGGGCGUCUUGACACCACCUUCACCGUUUAGAGACUCCUCCGUGGACUCGAUCAGCGAAUCUCCCACAUCGCCAGCCUCGGAGCUGCCAUUGUGUGAGCCCUGCUCCCCGAUAUACGACCAGCUGAUGCUUCGCCACUACAGCCAGAGCUCCUCUUCGCUCUGAGAGAUUAUUCGGAGCGCAGGAAGGAGACUGAGAGGCAGCUACUGAGAUCCUGCAUCUGCUUAGAUUGUAAAACCCAGCUGUAAAUGUCAAGGAGUGUAAACUCUUAAUAUAGAAGCACUCGCCGAGGACGUUUUAUGGUGCUUAGAAUCCAGCCCGUCCUCAAAAUCACAAUCUGCGAAGGGGAAGGCACUUCACCAAACUGCUUUUCAGAUAAUUAAGGAUGUACUUGAUAUGCUCUUGUGCACUAGAGCGCUCUGACAAGUUUAUGGUCCUUCUUGGCAAGAAGUUACUGAUGUUGGUCAGUUUGUGUACUGCAAGUUUUCAUGGCUUUACAGCUACUUAAUAACAUUCCAACGACGUCAAUCUACACAGGUGGGAAAAAUGACAAAACUCCUGCUCCAGGCGGUCUUUUUUAUCUCUCUUUUUGCCUGUCAGCAAGAUGCCUGAACGUCUUGCACGGUUCUUCACGUACAACGGAAGCGCAAACGGUUGAAUGUAGGACCAAAUGAAGCCUUUGAGCUCAAAGUAGUUUGUUUAAAUAUUGGUCAUUUUUGUUAUUUCCUAGUUUAGAGGUUGCAUGUUCUGCCACUUCAUAUAACUUCAUAUAAAAUAAUAUUUAUGAUUAUAUUUUUCAUAAUAAAUCAAAUAGAAGGGGUUGUAAGGGCAGGUUUAUUUAGAUAUUGAACCAAUCUAACACUUUAAUAUAGAUAAUAUGUCUUUCAGAUGACUGGAUUUAUUUAUAUGAACAUGUCCCAGUAUUACUUGAGGUAUUUAAUAAUAAAUCUUUAACUUUAAUUUGAAAGAUGGGAUUUGAGAAAAUGAUACAAACUAAUGGGAGAUUCAAGAAAACUCAACUAUUUACACUACCACUUAAAUGUUUGGGGUGAGCAAGAUUUUUUGAAAGAAAUUAGCACUUUUAUUCAGUAA